UAAUCACACUUCAAAUCUAAUCCACAAAACCAUUCACACCAUCUCCUCUCUUUUCUCUCAAUCUCUUUUUCUUUUCAUUAAAAGAAAUGGAAGACUACGAGCGUAACUCAAACUCUCCAACUCAUGAAGAUGAUUCUGAUGUACGUAAAGGUCCAUGGACCGAGAAAGAAGAUGCAAUCCUAGUCAACUUCGUGUCUGUCCAUGGUGAUGCUCGUUGGAACCACAUCGCUCGUUCUUCUGGGCUUAAGAGAACUGGUAAGAGUUGCAGAUUAAGAUGGCUUAACUACUUACGUCCAGAUGUUAGAAGAGGCAACAUCACUCUCGAAGAACAAUUUAUGAUCCUCAAACUCCAUUCUCUAUGGGGCAAUAGAUGGUCGAAGAUAGCACAGUAUUUACCGGGAAGAACAGAUAAUGAAAUAAAGAAUUAUUGGAGAACUCGAGUGCAAAAGCAAGCCAAACACCUAAGAUGCGAUGUUAAUAGCAAUCUUUUCAAAGAGACUAUGCGAAACGUUUGGAUGCCGAGAUUAGUGGAAAGGAUCAACGCCCAAUCAUCAUCCGCCACGUGUGAGCAAGUGGAGUCAAUGAUGAUCGCCGACCCAGGUCAACCUAUUGACGUACCGAGUCCGGGCGAACCGGGUUACGUUCAAUUCAACCCUCAUCAUCAUAAUCAGCAGCAAUUCUUGCCGGCUACGGAGAUAUCAGCGACGUCUUCGAAUUCGCCGGCAGAGACGUUAUCGGACGUUCAAGGCGGGGCGGUGAACGGGUCGGGAUAUGACCCGGUGGGUCAAACGGGUUUCGGGGAGUUCAACGAUUGGGGCUGUGUUGGUGGGAACAACAUGUGGACCAAUGACGAGAGUUUAUGGUUCUUGCAGGACCAGUUCUGCCACGAAACGACAUCGUAUUCGUAUAAUUAAGGAAAAUUAUACGAUCACACGAUACGUUAACGAGGAAUUCAAUUGCGUCACGUUUGGGUGUUACAACUAUUCAUUCGUGCGUGAUGCCAUUUUAGUAGAUACGUCCUUGGUAUACGAAUCUUGACUUAAUUAUUAUAUGCUUUUUUACCCCGAUGAUAUUAAAGAUCUGAUCAUCACGCGAGGAUACUAAGAUUUGUGAUAUAUGUGAAUUAAAGUUCUUAAUUUUAUUUGAUGUUA